UUGCUUGCAAAAUGAUAAUAAUAAUGUCAUUAUUGACUAUGGUUAUUUCUGCUUAACCUAAUUGACGUAAAUUCAAAAUAAUUCAAUAAACAGUCAUGAUAAGUAUAUAUAAAUCUGGUGAUGAAAGUGAUGAUGACUUAAUUCAUCAUUUACAUUUUAAAGCUUUUUUAAUUAGUGACAUAAAAGAGUUUUGAAAAAUACUACUUCCAUCAUUACGAGAGGUGAUAUAUGGUAGGGGAAGUUUUCGAGCGAAAGUUCGGAACAGUAGGCUCGUAGAUAGUUGAAUUAUAGGCAGAUCCGACUAUAUGAUCCAAGAAAAUUAAAUUAUUUUGCAGAAAUAUCAGUUUAACAGUUCAAAAUAUCAAUUAAUAAUGAGAUUAAAUUAACCAAUCUCUGGUAAAUUAACAUUGGUGUAUCACUGAAUUUAUAAUAAAUGUUUCUUUUUCACGUGAAAAAAAAACUUAUUUGUUGUUAUUUUUCAUCGUUUCAAUAAACAUCUUUAUAGUUAUUAAACUUGGGUGUUUACCAUGACGUCAGAUCCGGGGAAAAUAAAAAAUAAUUGUAAGAACGGGAAUAAUUUAUCAAUUGAAGAUGAUUCUAUUGUAUCACAAUCUGUCACCACACGAACAGCCGUUCCAAGAAUAUAUAAAAUAGUGGUAUUGGGAGAUGGAGGUGUUGGCAAAUCAGCUGUCACUCUUCAAUUUGUUAGUCACAGCUUUCUGGAUUAUCAUGAUCCAACAAUCGAAGAUUCAUAUCGUCAACAAGCUGUUAUCGAUGGUGAAGCAGCACUUUUGGAUAUAUUGGACACAGCAGGCCAGAUUGAAUUUACGGCAAUGCGCGAUCAAUAUAUGAGAUGUGGUGAAGGUUUUAUGAUAUGCUAUUCGGUAACUGAUAGGCACAGCUUCCAAGAAGUACUCGAAUAUCGUAAAUUAAUAUCUCGAGUACGUGUUAAUGAGGAUAUUCCUCUUGUAUUAGUAGGAAAUAAAUUUGAUUUGCAAUCACAACGAAAGGUAACGACAGAAGAAGGAAAAGCAUUAGCUAAUCAACUAGGAUGUCCUUUUUAUGAAACAUCUGCUGCUCUUCGGCAAUUUAUUGAUGAUGCAUUUUACUCACUUGUUCGACAAAUUCGUUCCAAAGAGCGAUCAAAUCGAAAUGGCAGUCGGCGUCGCGGAAAUACUCCACGAAAACAUAGUCGUUGGCGUAGAAUACGGUCAAUAUUUGCUUUUAUUUUCCGUAGAAAGCAUAAUAGAAACGCAAAAUCCAAUUAUUCUCCAUAAAUCAUAAUUUUACAGCUAUUGUAUGACGCCGUGGCUAAAAUAAUUAUUAAGUGCCAUUUAUAUCGUAGAUUUUAAACCGUACUUAGCAGCAAAAAUUACAGAGAAUUUCAACAAGGUAAGAUGGUGCAAUUCUAGUCAUUGUUUAAAUUAUUCUAUUGAGUAUUUUAUCAAAGCUCCAUAAACUUACUAAUAGUUAUUUUUACCUUUUGAAUAUUAUUUUUUUAUAUGUAACAUAUUUCCUUGUGAUACCAUAUCAUCUUACAGUUAGGUAUUCUAUUCAAAAAAGUAUGAAUAUGAUGAAUUUUUAUCAUAAAGAUGAGAAUUAUUAUUAUAUACGAAAAAGUUGAUACAUGUAAAAUAAGCUUGUUUUUUUAUCACAGGUAUCAAUAUACCAAAAUUUUAACCGCAGUAUUAUAGUGUAACUUUA